AUGGCGGCGUGGGAGAUGACCAAGGAGGCGCUCCGGAAGGUAUGCCGCGACAACAACGGCUACGCGCACGCCCCCGAGCUCAACGACGUGCUCCACCUGCACUGCAAGGGCAUCGCGGAGAUCACAAACCUCGAGGAGUACACCGGCCUGAAGACCCUGUACCUCGAGAGCAACUCCGUCGACGAUCUCGAGGGCCUCCUCCACCUGGACCGGCUGCGGUGCCUCUACAUCGCGAAGAAUUGCCUGCGCGACCUCGACCGCGCGGCGCGACUCGUCGCGUUGACCACCCUGGACGUCAGCGAUAACCAGAUCGUCACCCUGGAGGGCCUCAGGGACCACCCGUCGCUCUCCACGCUCGUCGCGGUGAACAACAAGUUGAGAGAGGUCUCCGCCAUCGAGGCUCUCGGGUCGUGCGUUCAACUGGUCACGGUGGACCUCUCGCGGAACAAGCUCGAGGACCGCGCGGUGGUGGACUUUUUCCUCUCCCCCGCGAUGAGCGACCGGAUCCGGCUGCUGAAGCUGCAGGGCAACCCCGCGGUGAGCGAGGUGCCCAGCUAUCGCAAGACGCUGGUGUCGGGGAUGAAGCGGCUCAACUACCUCGACGACUCGCCGGUGUUUCCAAAGGAUAAGCGUCUGGCCGCCGCGUGGCUGCGAGGCGGCGUCGAGGAGGAAAAGGCGGAGCGCGCGAGGAUAUUCGAGGACGAGCGGAGGGAACGCGAGCGGCACAGGGCGGCGUUCGACGACAUGGUGGCCAACGCCAGGCGCGAGGCUGAGGAGAAAGAGCGAGCGGGAAUACGAACGAAGAGGGACCCGUACAGGUUCAUGAGCGAGGAGGCUGCGGAGGAGGCGAGGAUGCUGGCGGACGGGAUGACCGAGUGGGAGCUCGAGGAGAUGCGAGCGAACGAGCAGCUGCCGUGGCAGGUGCGCGAAAGAGAGAGGACAUUAAGCGAGAAAACCGAGGCGGAUCGCGCGCCGAACCGGGCGGAGCGACCCGACGAAGACGACGAGGACGACGAGGAAGAAGGGGAUGGCGUCGCGGAGGUCGGCCCGCCCGAGCACGUCGCGGACGAUGACGGCGACGAGCGCAUCCCGGUCGCCAUCCCGAUCGAUGACGACCGACCCACGCCCGGCAUCUUCGUCGCGCAGGUGGACGACGACGACGACCCGGCCGCCCCGGCCUCCGCUCCGCCUCCGCCGCCCGCCCCGACAUCAACGACGAUGACCGACGAAGAUCGCGAGGCGUCGGAGGCGUCCGCCGCGGAGGAGCUCAGGCGCGAGCUGGAGAAGAUGCGGGCGGCGAGGCGAGGCGACCGGCACGAAGUAGUCGACGGCGCGACUCGUAGGAGGAAAGAGUUGGAGCGCGCCGCGGAUUCGGCUAACCGAUCGGGCGGGCGGGGGUCGGGCAGCCAGAGGUCCCCGGUGGUCUUCGGGACCCGGGCGUACGACCAGCUGUGGGCGCAGGCGAAGGCCAUGGGCGACGCGGACGGCGACAACGGCGAGGAGGUACGCGAGGACGACGAGGACUCGUUGGACAAAGAAUCCUUCAAAGAAUCCUUCAAAGACGAGGACGGCGUUCAAAACGAGCUCGACGCGGACGGGGCCAACUCGGUCAACUCGGAGAGCGUCGACGGCACGUCCAACUACUCGUACGGGGAUAAGGAAAAUCGGUGGGAGCGGGCGUCCAUGGCGUCGGUGGGUGCCACGGUGGCGUCCACGGAGGCUGGCGAGCUCGACGGCAUCGACGAAUUCGACGAAACCGAGGACGAGACGGAAAACACCGAGGAUACCGAGGAUACGGAUGAAGUUAAUUCGACGGACGGGGACGACCCGCUGGACAGGUACACGGUGAGCACCGUCGCGAGCGGGAAGGAGACCGGGAAGGAGACCGGGGACGACGGACGCGCGGCGAACGACGACGAGCUUUGGGGUCUGGAUUGA